AUGAUGGCAUCCUCUUCGACGUCUUCUUCGUCUCUGUGCGCGACUUUUACGAAGUCCACGGCUAACCCUUCUUCGUCUUCUUCUUCUUCUUUUUGCUGGAAGAAGAACGAAUGUAGCAGUGGUAACAACAAAAAUAAGAAUAUCUCUUUAACGACGAAAAGCAAUCAUCAUCGUCAUCAUCAUCAUCAUCGAAGACACAAUCGAAGAAGAGCGACAGUGGUGGUGGCAACGUCGGCAGAGGCCACGGGUGAAGGAGAUGGAUUAAUUUUACAGCGCGGUAAAGGAGAAUUGAACGCGUUUGAUUCCAUCGCCAUCGGGUCUCCAAUCGUGAAAUAUUUCCAAAGCGAUGACGACACCGAACGGUGGGUGAUGUGGUACACGGGGAGACGAGAAGUAGGCACGAGCGGGAAUAAUAGCGAGGAAAAUGUAGGAGACAAAAUAACAGCGGCAACGUUUGACCACGACAAAUCUUUGACAUCCGGGGAGAUUGGUAUCGCCGUUUCCGAAGACGGCAUCGUGUGGAGACGAGGCGGGUCGCCGACGGAAACGUACAGAACCGGCGGCGACGCGGAGGCUUUCGAAAAUCUCUCCGUGGACGUAGGCGCAGUUUUAUAUCCCAACAACGAAGACUGGUGGGUUUUUGAUACCGCUCACGUUUCCGUUGGAGACGUGCAUAUGAUUUCUUCUGGCAACGUCUCCGGUGGAGCCGGUGGCGGUAUUUAUUGGAUGUAUUACCAAGGCGGCGAUAAAGAGGAAGUCGACGGCGUCGAAGGCGUGCGCACGAGACCGGGCUUGUGUCUCUCGCAAGACGGGAGAAACUGGGCGAGAAUAGAGGGUGAACACCACACGCACGCAGUGUUAGACGUCGGAAGUGAAGGCGAAUGGGACGAGCUGUGCAUCCGAGACCCGAAGCUUUUAUUAGCGGGACCGAAAGAUAUGCGAUUGUUUUAUCACUCAAUCGACAAAACGACAGACGUUUCCAGAAUUGGCGUCGCCACUUCCAAGGACGGGUUUCAAUGGCAAAAGAAUUCCAGCGGAUUUAUAUUAGACGCCGGGCCAGAAGGUUCCAUCGAUGAUUUAGGCGUCAAAUCGCCGUGCGUGGCCAGAAUUGGAAGAAACGAAUACGUCAUGUUUUACGAAGCGUUGAGUUCAAAACACCCGGGGAAAUCCACCAUUUGCGUCGCGAAAUCGCAAGACGGCAUUAAAUGGGAACGCGCUUCAACCCCUGCGCUCGUUUUCGGUGAAGACGGUGCCUGGGACGAAGGUGGAGUUGGACGACCGUACGUCGUCCCCAUGGCGGAGAACAAGUUGCGAUUAUACUACGAAGGUCGAAGCGACGCGAACGGUCUCGGAGUCGGUAUCGGUUUAGCCGUGAGCGUUGGUGACGACAUGUUUAGUUUUGUUCGUCGUAAAUCCGUCGUGACGGCUGCUUAG